UCCUCUCAGAAUACCUGCAGGAGUGAAGCCACACAAAUGUUCUGAAUGUGGGCACACUUUCAGUCAGAGCAUGGGCCUUCAUGAAGAUGACACAGGAGAUAGGCUUUAUAUAUGCUCCAACUGUGGUAAAAGCUUUAUUGAUGGGAAACAGGAAAGUACACAUCUAGGAGAGAAAACGUUCAACCCUUCAGAAAGUGAGAAAAGUGUUCCACCGGCCUCUGAUCUUCCCCCAGGAGAGAAACCAUAUACGUGUUCAGAUUGUGGGAAAACUUUCAGCUUUAGGUCCAGCCUUGUUCGUCAUCAGAGACUCCACACAGGAGAGAAACCAUAUAAAUGUUUAGACUGUGGGAAGAAUUUCAGUCAGAGUUCUAACCUUCUUAAUCACCAGAGGAUCCAUACAGGAGAGAAGCCAUACAGCUGCUUAAACUGUGGGAAGUCUUUCAGUAACAGUUCAAGCCUUACAUCUCACGAGAGAACCCACAGAGGAGAAAAGCCUUAUAAAUGCUCCAGUUGCGGGAAGAACUUCAGUUGUAAUUCAGUCCUUAGGAUACACGAAAGAAUUCACACAGGAGAGAAGCCAUACGAGUGUUCAGAAUGUGGGAAGAGCUUUAGCCGGAGAGAAUUCCUGAUUGGGCAUCAGAGAACUCACACAGGGGAGAAACCGUACGAGUGCUCCGACUGUGGGAAAAGUUUUAGUCAGAGAUCAAAUCUUAUUAAUCAUCAGAGAAGUCACACUGGAGAGAAGCCAUUUGAGUGCUCAGACUGUGGGAAAAGAUUCAGUCAUAAAGCAUCCCUCCUUAAACACGAGAGACACCAUAUAAAGGUGCCAGCUGUGGAAAAGAGCAAAGUUCAAACCACUUUGCCUAUGGGAGAGCACACGCAGGAGAUCAAACCAGAUCCAUGGUGAGCCUGCAGGCAGAGUAUAUAUGGUCAGCAGAAA